AUGUUGUCUGAAUCUGUGACGUACAUCCGAGUCCCACAGAAAUACGGCCAACCCAAAGAUGGUGUCGAACAAGGGCCAACGAGCCUCGAGUCAUAUGGAGUCUUGUCGCACCUCUCAAAAAAGAAGAAAGUGGACAUUGAAACCAUUUCAAUGCCACAAGGCUCCCGCGACACCGCAAAGGGUCUUAAGAACUUAGAGAAAGUCUAUUCAUUAAAUCUCGAACUUCGCGACACUAUCGCAAAGCACUACAGUCACACGCGCUUUGUUCUGAAUGUCGGUGGAGAUCACUCGAUUGGUCUUGGGACGGUAGCUGGCGCAGUCAAAGCGUCCGACAAAUCGACGCCAAAUGCGCGAGUUGGUGUUGUUUGGUUUGAUGCGCACCCGGACAUCAAUACUGCGGAGUCGUCGCCGAGUGGAAACAUUCAUGGAAUGCCAUUAGCGUGUUGUGUUGGUAUAGGCCCGGAGAAAUUGAACACGGUGAUGACGAGAAAGAUCACUCCGGAAGAUUUGUUUUAUGUUGGGAUCCGUAGUAUAGACCCGGGAGAGAGAAGUGAAAUUAAAGUCGAGAGCGUCUCGAACUACACCGCAGAACAAGUCAAAAAAGUUGGGAUGAAAAAGGUCGUGGAAGAGAUAUUUAAAAAGUUUGAGAACUACGACUACGUCCACUUGAGCUUCGAUAUCGACGGGAUUGACCCAAAGUAUAUCAUCGGAACAGGUACUCCUGUGCCUAAUGGUGUUGAACUCGAAGACGCGAUUUACUUCAUGAAAGAAAUGGGCAAAAUGAAAAAUCUACACUCAGCUGAUAUUGUCGAAUAUAAUCCAGUCAUUGAAGAAAAGGUGACGGGUCCGAAUGUGAUGAAGUGCAUCGACGCACUUUUUGGAAUUUAA